GUGCUCGUCUUGCCAAGUGCCACUAGAGUGUUCAGGUGGUCAUGUCCGGACGCGGGAAGCAGGGCGGCAAGGCUCGCGCCAAGGCCAAGACGCGCUCGUCGCGGGCCGGGCUGCAGUUCCCGGUGGGCCGCGUGCACCGCCUGCUCCGCAAGGGCAACUACGCCGAGCGGGUGGGGGCCGGCGCGCCGGUGUACCUGGCGGCCGUGCUGGAGUACCUGACGGCCGAGAUCCUGGAGCUGGCGGGCAACGCGGCCCGCGACAACAAGAAGACGCGCAUCAUCCCGCGCCACCUGCAGCUGGCCAUCCGCAACGACGAGGAGCUCAACAAGCUGCUGGGCCGCGUGACCAUCGCGCAGGGCGGCGUCCUGCCCAACAUCCAGGCCGUGCUGCUGCCCAAGAAGACCGAGAGCCACCACAAGGCCAAGGGGAAAUAGAAUCCUGGAUUAAGUUGCUACAACGCCUCCCGCAUAAACCAAAGGCUCUUUUAAGAGCCACCUAC